AGAGUAUUACAUAUUAGGUUUAUUUUGUUUCAAAAUUUUGUUUUCUCACUGUUAUAAUGGUUAUUCUUUGAAAUAUAGUUUUCAUAUCAUUGCCCUGUUGAUCGAUUGAAACUGUUUUUGUCAAUUUCUUUUGUUUAGAGCUUUAACUUAUUUUUAAUUUCUUUGUUUCAGGUAUGCGUUUUGCUCAUGUCUACUGGAAUGCCACAUCUUUUUUUUUUCUUUUCAAAAAGUUAGAUCAAUACUAGAAAAUUUAUUCUUCUUACGUGAGGGUUUGGUUUUGAAUCACUAAAUUUAUAGAUUUUUGGUAAUUUCAUGUCUAACUCCUUCCACCUUUCUCCGUCGACUUUCUGGGUCCAUAGGCCCGAUUAAGUGAUGAAGGAAGUAGAUGGAUUUAAUGGAGAAUCCAUCGGCUUUGGAAGGCAGCCUGGAACCUGUCUCCUCUCACGCCGGCGAUAUUUCACCGGUUCUUGCUUCGUGCAGUGGCGAUAACACCAUUCAAAUCUGGGAAGAGAGCUCUCUCGCUCAUGGACCUGCAAGAUUCGUUGUUGCAUCUACACUUUUCUGCUGUGGAGGAUAUACUUACAAAACGAGAGUAGAAAGCGUGUGUGGGAUGUCACUUCUAUCAGGCUUACUAGAGACUGUGAGUGGAAGUGGACAACGAUACUCAAGAAUUGAAGAUAUUAACAAUGUGUUUGCUAAUGAAGUCUCAUGGGACCGGUCUUCCGCGUCUUUUACUCAAUCAUCCAAAGCAGAGUGAUAGAACAAAUGGUGCGCUCUAAACUUUUAAUUACGUUGCUAAAGGUUCUGUCUCAAUCAAUGGUAUGGCACUGUUGUUGAACUGUGUGACGGAAGUUGAUCUUAAAGAUGGAGGAGGAUGCUACUUUGGAGAUUAAAUCCUAUCAAUAACUGGUGCUACCUCCGCAAAAAGAUGACAAGUCAACCACAAGGUGUUGUAAUUUAAAAAGGUGGUGAGCGGGCGGAGUUUUUCAUUGUUGCAUGAGCGGGUCGAGUUUUUGCAUGAUGUUUCUGCUUCUUCUUCUUUGUCAAACUGGUUCUUUAGAGUAACUCGAUCUAACUCAUUGGCAUUGUGGUUGAGAUAGGUACUAAAGCUGCUCCAUGGAGAUUCAGUUUUGUUUAUAGAGAACCCUGAGCUGAUGUACGUAUGCUUUAUAUAUGGAUUUAUUUCCAUCCAAACUCAUCUAAAUACAACUCAUUUUGCGCAACUUAUGUUUCCUUUCUUACAAAUGUGCGAUGUUAAAUCUCUGGUUCUCUAUUUGUGUGUAUGUGUGUUAUUUUCUUGGUGAAGGAAAAUCAUCAAGGUUUUUUGAAGAGCACCCGAUAUUAAAUGUAACCUGCCAAUGUUCAAUUGUUUAUACUUGGAUUAUUAUAUUGAGGGCGUCUAAAAUCCCUUACCGCAUAACAAUUUUUUUUUUUAUUAUAAUAGUCUUUCAAAAACUCUUUCAAGGUCUCUCAAAGUUUCCCAAAUAAGAGAUUUUCAUAACUUUUUUGAGAGACUCUGACAAGAAAAUAUUAAUAUUUAUUAUUUUAUUUUAUUUUUAUUGUUAAGAAACCCUUGUGAAGCCCGUAAUAGUCUUGGUAAUUUUAAGAUCUAUACGAUAAAAAGUUUGUAGGAGUAGAAUUAACUCAACCAAUACAAUUUUCAUGUUUAUGAACUUGAAUCUUUUUUGUUUUACUAAUUUACUUGAACAUGAGCUAAUAUUGCAAAAAUCAAAAAAGAGGCCCCGAGAUAGGAUAUGGACAGUCUCCCAUAACAAGAAUAGGAAAGGUAGAAGUAAUAACUAGAUCAAGACCUAAGGAGGGUUUGAUGCUUUUGAAUUCAUUGUAUUAAUUCUGAAAUUGGUUUAGGACAAAUUUCAGUGCUUAGCCCUAAUUAGGGCAUCAGUCGAGGACUCUUUUAAGAUGACUUAAACGGCUCCCAUUUGAGGGGAAGCUUUUCAGAUCCCCGAAGUAGGCUUUCACGGAGGAAAGAGAGACCAUUGAACAAUUCAUCUGUGCUUUGCUUCUUGCUCUUCAAAUUCUGAAAGACUCGUCGGAAAUUGCCGGUGCCGGUUGGUCCAACCAAGAAAGGCCCUUAGCCUGGUGCUCAUGACCCGCUAUGGAACCUCGUAAGGCUCAUAUCUUUAAUAGAAGUAAACUUUUCAACUUGGAUACCAUGAGGUGGUCCCUGGAAAGUUUGAGUAUAAGCAGGGGGAGAGGGUUAUUGGGAGAUGGAAUUAUAAAAUUUUGAUUGAUUUUAAG